AAAAAUAAGAAAAGGACUGUUUUUGUUUCCAGUGAGCUGCUGCGAAAAUGGCGGUGUCUCGUCGCUCAUCGCAGCAACAACAGCAGGGUAACCUGCAAUCUCCGCCACGAAACAGUUCCCUUUCUGUAAGUCCUCCGGACUCUCUGCCAAUUGAUCUUGUGACAGCGACCUCAGUGCCCCCGGAUGGUGAGCGUGGAUGCAGCGCAGGCAUGGAGAAUCCUUCGGGCUCUCCGGAUCUUCCAGCCCCGGCCCUCAGCACUGGGAGCAGCACAAGCCCGACCACAACAACCUCCGGCGGGGAGAGUAGUAGUGUCUCGAGCCCCGGUUCAGGAGGCACGAGCCCCGGUGACGGCAGUAGCGGGAUCGGUGGAGCUUUCAGGGAUCUAUUUGAGGCCUGUCGGAAUGGAGAUGUAUCCCGUGUGAAGAGACUUGUAGACUCGGUGAAUGUGAAUGCGAAGGACAUGGCCGGGCGAAAAUCUACCCCUCUGCAUUUCGCUGCAGGUUUUGGACGAAAGGAUGUGGUUGAGCACCUUUUACAGACUGGAGCUAAUGUGCAUGCUAGAGACGACGGUGGUCUCAUUCCCCUUCACAACGCCUGCUCCUUUGGCCAUGCCGAGGUGGUCAGUCUCCUGCUCUGCCAAGGUGCAGACCCCAAUGCACGGGACAACUGGAACUACACACCUCUGCACGAGGCAGCCAUCAAAGGCAAGAUUGAUGUGUGCAUCGUGCUCCUCCAGCAUGGCGCCGAUCCCAACAUCCGUAAUACGGACGGCAAGUCUGCCCUGGAUCUGGCAGACCCCUCUGCCAAGGCUGUGCUCACUGGUGAGUACAAGAAGGAUGAACUCCUGGAAGCAGCAAGGAGUGGCAACGAGGAGAAACUGAUGGCACUACUGACCCCGUUAAAUGUCAACUGCCAUGCCAGUGAUGGCCGCAAGUCAACAUCCCAAAAAAUGCUGUCCACGCCACUGCACCUGGCGGCUGGUUACAACCGCGUACGCAUCGUCCAGCUACUGCUGCAGCACGGCGCAGACGUCCAUGCCAAGGACAAAGGUGGCCUGGUCCCUCUUCACAACGCCUGCUCCUAUGGACACUUUGAGGUCACAGAGCUUCUUCUCAAGCAUGGAGCGUGUGUGAAUGCCAUGGACCUGUGGCAGUUCACUCCUCUCCACGAGGCUGCGUCUAAGAACCGCGUGGAGGUGUGUUCUCUGCUGCUGAGCCACGGGGCCGACCCCAACCUGCUCAACUGCCACAGCAAGAGCGCCGUGGACUUGGCCCCCACCCCCGAACUCAAAGAGCGGCUCACCUAUGAGUUUAAAGGUCAUUCGCUGCUCCAGGCAGCUCGGGAGGCAGACAUGGCCAAGGUGAAGAAGACUCUGGCUCUGGAGAUCAUUAGCUUCAAACACCCACAGACCAACGAGACAGCCCUGCACUGUGCCGUUGCUUCCCCUCACCCCAAACGGAAGCAGGUGACCGAGCUGCUACUGCGUAAAGGUGCCAACGUCAACGAGAAGAACAAAGACUUCAUGACGACUCUGCAUGUAGCGGCUGAGAGAGCACACAACGACAUCCUGGAGGUGCUGCAGAAACAUGGAGCCAAGGUAAAUGCGGUGGACACCCUGGGGCAGACAGCCCUCCACAGGGCAGCCCUGGCGGGCCACAUCCAGACGUGCAGGCUGCUGCUGAGCUACGGGGCCGACCCGGCCAUCGUCUCCCUGCAGGGCUUCACUGCCUCACAGAUGGGCAACGAGGCCGUGCAGCAGAUCCUCAAUGAAAAUAUUCCAACCCGUAACUCUGAUGUCGACUACCGGUUUCUGGAAGCCGCCAAGGCUGGAGAUUUGGACACUGUGCAGCAACUCUGCACUCCUCAGAAUGUGAACUGUCGGGACCUGGAGGGUCGUCACUCUACCCCUCUGCACUUUGCUGCAGGCUACAACCGUGUGGCCGUGGUGGAGUACCUGCUACAUCAUGGAGCUGACGUACAUGCUAAAGACAAAGGUGGUCUGGUGCCCCUCCACAACGCCUGCUCCUACGGUCACUAUGAGGUGGCUGAGCUGCUGGUGAGACACGGGGCAUCGGUGAACGUAGCUGACCUCUGGAAGUUCACCCCUCUCCACGAGGCUGCUGCCAAGGGCAAAUACGAGAUCUGCAAACUGCUGCUCAAGCAUGGAGCAGACCCCACCAAGAAGAACCGUGACGGUAACAUGCCUCUGGACAUGGUGAAGGAUGGCGACACGGACAUCCAGGACCUGCUGAGAGGGGACGCUGCACUGCUGGACGCUGCUAAGAAGGGCUGUCUGGCCCGUGUCCAGAAACUCUGCAGCCCAGAGAACAUCAACUGUAGAGACACACAGGGACGUAACUCCACCCCCCUGCACCUCGCAGCUGGCUACAACAACCUGGAGGUGGCGGAGUAUCUCCUGGAGCACGGGGCUGACGUCAACGCACAGGACAAAGGAGGCCUCAUCCCCCUGCACAACGCUGCCUCCUAUGGGCACGUGGACAUUGCUGCCCUCCUGAUAAAGUUCAACACAUGUGUGAACGCUACAGAUAAGUGGGCCUUCACCCCGCUCCACGAAGCAGCUCAGAAGGGCCGUACCCAGCUGUGUGCUCUGCUGCUGGCCCAUGGAGCAGACCCCACCAUGAAGAACCAGGAGGGACAGACCGCACUGGACCUGGCUACGGCUGAUGACAUCCGUGCCCUGCUGAUGGAUGCCAUGCCCCCAGAUGCCCUGCCCAGCUGCUUCAAGCCCCAGGCCACGGUGGUCAGUGCAGGCUCGGUCAUCUCCCCAGCCUCCACGCCCUCUUGCCUUUCUGCAGCCAGCAGCAUCGACAACCUGGCCGGGCCCCUCAACGAGCUCGGGGCCGCAGGGACCUCCGGAGUGGCCGACGGGGCUGCGGGCUCCGACAGGAAGGAGGGGGAAUUGGCAAUGUUGGACAUGAACAUCGGUCAGUUCCUGAAGAGCUUGGGUCUGGAGCAUAUAAGGGAAAUCUUUGAGAGAGAACAGAUCUCUCUGGAUGUGCUGGCUGACAUGGGUCACGAGGAACUGAAGGAGAUUGGGAUCAACGCUUACGGCCACCGACACAAACUCAUCAAGGGAGUGGAGAGGCUGCUGGGGGGACAACAAGGUGCCAACCCGUACCUGACAUUCCACUGUGCCAACCAGGGCACGGUCCUCAUCGACCUAGCCCCUGACGACAAAGAGGGCCAAUCAGUGGAGGAGGAGAUGCAAAGUAGCAUCAGAGAACACAGGGAUGGAGGGAACGCAGGAGGGGUGUUCAGCAGAUACAACAUCAUCAAGAUCCAGAAGGUGGUCAACAAGAAGCUGCGGGAGCGUUACACACACCGCCAGAAGGAGAUCUCGGACGAGAACCACAACCACCACAAUGAGCGCAUGCUCUUCCAUGGUUCUCCAGGUUCUCCGUUCAUAAAUGCCAUUAUCCACAAAGGCUUUGACGAGCGGCAUGCGUACAUCGGAGGAAUGUUUGGAGCAGGGAUCUACUUUGCUGAGAACUCCUCUAAGAGUAACCAGUAUGUUUAUGGCAUCGGGGGCGGCACCGGAUGCCCCACUCACAAAGACCGCUCCUGUUACCUGUGCCACAGGCAGAUGUUAUUCUGCCGUGUAACCCUGGGGAAGUCCUUCCUCCAGUUCAGUGCCAUGAAGAUGGCCCACGCCCCCCCUGGACAUCACUCUGUGAUUGGCCGGCCCAGCGUCAACGGCCUGGCCUACGCAGAGUAUGUAAUCUACAGAGGAGAGCAGGCCUACCCAGAGUAUCUCAUCACCUAUCAGAUCCUUAAGCCGGAGAGCACAGCCGCGUCUGCUGCAGGAGCGGAGCAGAAGUCUUAGUCCUGCACCACCAGACCAAUCUCACACAGUUACUAAAACACAGUCCUGCUGACCCACAACACAC